AUGCAUCUUAUCAAUACUCUUUUUGAGUUCACCCGCUUCUCACUUUGCGGCAAGACAACUACCUCGGAAAAAAUCGAUGGUGUGCUUGCGCUAUAUGAAGCAAACUUGGAAGUAGAAGAGCAAACCAUGAAAUCCGAGAAAUUACGCAAUACCAUAAGGUUAUCAAUUAGGUAUAUAAACGAUCAACGAUUACAAUGGUUCAGUAACAUAAUGAGGACAGAUGAAACAAAGGCUGUGAGGGCAGUCUAG